GUACAUGCUUUUCAUGCUAUACAUGCGCAGCACCAGACCAUAUCCUUGCUUGGCAAUUUUAUUCUGUUUAAAAACUUGUAAUUUCCAUUCUCUCGCUCUAUAUAUCAUUAUAUCCUCGAUUCAUUUCCACAAAAUAGCCACUCGUAAUUCUCUCUAGCCUUUCCCGCACCGUCAGAUUAUAUGACCAUCCCGAGUCAGCGUUGAAUCAAACGGCUGAGGUACGUUCUCCUCCAAACAAUCUGUAAUUUCUUUACGAUCAGGAUUCCGUUGAUCAAUCUCGUUUCGGAAUUUCGAUACACGUCGAUCGGUCUGUUUUAUCCUUUACGUAUAUGUGUAAUUUUGAUUAAAUUCGGCAUUCUUUAGCUUGUUCUUGAGCGAUUUGAUUGUUGUUUGAAUAUUAUUUUUGUGCUUUGAUUUUGAUGCAUUAUUUCAUAUUUGUGUUGUACGUGUAUGCUCUUUGUGAUCAUCAGAGGUUUCAGGAUUGUAAGGUGGAAUCGCUUCAUCUUUCUUUCAAUUUGGUUUUUGUCUUUCUUCAAUUUUUUUUCCUGAGGAUUUAUGGAUUCUGGUUAAAGAUUAUACAGGGGGUUUUGUUGCUUACAUUUGAUUUAUGGACUGAUAAUAGAUUAGUGUCUCCUUUUUUGGGCAAUUAUUUUAACCAAAUAGAAUUUGAUAUGUAGUGCUUAGUGUUUGCAACAAUGGUCACCACUGCUGUAGCCCUGCGCACCGGGUGUUGUUUCAUUUACUGUCAGUUUUUAAAAUCCUUUGACGUUCAUCUUGUAUAUAGCUUUGUCUUUGGAAGUAAUGUUUUCUUGAUGACGACGACAAUAGUCGAUAGACCUGCAUGUUUAUUUCACAUCAGUGAUUUAUAAAUCUGACUUGGUGAGUUAACGACUUUAAAUUGUUAAGCACACACCCAUUGGUCAAUUUGAGAUACCGCUGUCAUGGCAUUCUUUUUCUUUCAAGAAGAAUUGUCGUGGAUUAUUGCAUGCCAGGCUUAGCAUUUUUGUGUCUUUGUAUGAACACAGCAUUUUCCUCCAUUAGUUAUAUGAAGUUUCUGUGGGGUCUAUAUUAUUUUUCUUUUUAUUAUAUUCAUACCAAGGUCUUUACAAUAUCAUUCAUUUGGUGUGAUGAUAAUUGAUAGAAAUCUCAUAAGGGCAGCCCUGGUGUGCAAAGCUCGCACAAGUGCAGGUAUCCCUUGAAAUACGGAGUUUAUGAAUAGCUUUUGGAUUUAUGGUAGAUUUCAAGCUCGUUCAUGGUAUGGCUCAAGUGGUAGUAUGAUUGAAGGGGGGAAAAAACUUUGAGGAACCCUCUUUAUCUUUUGUUAUUUUUCACUGUACUUCAAGAUUAAAUUUUAUUACAAUGGUACACUAAGAUGUCUGAUUUUAUUUCAGUAGUUAUUAAUUUACUUAAGUUUACAAGGAAAAAGAUCAUGUUAAGCCUCCAUUUGAGCAGAAACUAUUCGAUGAGGUUCAACAGGCUAAAAGAGAGUACAUGAGAUUAAACAUCUGAGUGACAAUUAUUACUUUAUUUUGAGAAGGAUGCAAUGUGGUGAUUGGAAGGACCAUGAAUGAUGUGAACUCAAGAAUCCAAGGGGCCUAUCAUUUUGCUUGGAGAGAAGCAACGGGUUCCAUUCCUUGUUUUCUUUAGAUGCAGGUCUUGGGGUGAUUAACAAACAUGGAGUAUAUAACCCAGUUUAUGGGGCCUUAGAAAUGCAAGAUCGGUUCACAUUUUUGAUUAUCUUCUACUGUGAGGAUCAAUGGGACAUAGGGAUUUGCCAAGUAACUCACAGUUGUUUGAUAUCAAUCAAGAUGAGAACCCAAGUCAUCGAACUGCUGGACAGGCUCACAUUUAUGCAGGAAGUACUUCUGCUCCUGAUUAUGGUCCUUUAAUUUAUCAAAUGGAAAGUAUUUCAACAAAUGAACCAUACUCUGACUCUCGGCACAGCUUUGAGAGCAGGUCAACUGCAGACUCUUCUGCAAAUUUUAGGGCACAAGUCUCUGCGUCCCCUUUGGGCCCAUCUCAUGAUUCAUUUCCACAUAUCACUUCUGGUGGAGGUAUUUAUCAAGCGCCAGAGAAUAAUGAUGGUAAUUCUCAUUCUAAUCGGUACAACAUGCACACGAUCCACGAAGCUGAGGAUUGUCCACUAGGUUAUCCCAUGGGAAGUGGAAGAGGGCCAUUCAAAAGAAAAAGGCACCGCUUUAAUGAAAGCAGUAGCUCUAGUAGAUUCUGUAGUGCAGGAAGUUCCUCCAGCUCGCUUGAAUUUCAGCCUGAGAAACCAAUUUCAGAUCAUCAAUAUCAACCUUCAGGCAACACAUGCUUACCUUACUACAGGGGUGACUGCCUUUCAAUGGGUAGUGAAGAUACUCGAAGAAACGUGAGAAGCCGAUCUAGACUGGAUUUGGAACUUCACUCCCAGGAAACUUAUCUUUCAAAUUCUGCUCAUGAUCAUCACCCAACAUCAUCUUCUUAUCAUACUCAUUCAACACCUCAUCUCUCAAACUGUAGUGGGACAGUGGACAGUACUAAUUUAAAUGCUUAUGAGGAGAACUGCACUAUUGUAUCACCUGCUUCACAUGGAACUUUUCAAACUUCAGGAAAUCAUUGCUUGAGGCAUCAGAUGAAUCAGCAGUAUGUGCAGGGCUCUGCAAAUAUUGAUGGUUUGCAGCAUGAUUCCAGUUCAAGUAGAAAUCAUAUUUCACACCCUCGACACCACCGUAGUCAUAAUGCCCGGACUGCCAGGGAAAUUCAUUGUAAUAGUUCUCAUAGACAAAUGCCUUUGAACAGGGCUCCUAGUUCCUCCCGCUGGAGACAUCGUGAAGCUUCUUCUUUUGGAAAUCAUCUGCGGCAUCAGUCAGAAAAUUCUUCCAGAUAUACAAGGCCAUUAAAUGUUGGAAGCUGGCACAAUAACUUUAGGGACACUAGGUCAAGGAUAGACACUGAAAGAUUUCAUCCACUUACCCAUGCAGUGGAUGCACAUAACGAAAUGGGAUCGGAGGCUCUGGUGGUGGAUCGUUCACAUAUUUAUAGCUCAAGAAAUUUGUUUGAUCAAUACGGGGACAUGAGCCUCGACAUCGAUCACAUGAGUUAUGAGGAACUACUUGCUCUUGGAGAAAGUAUAGGGAGUGUUAGCACAGGAUUGUCAGAAGAUGUCAUGUCAAAGUGUUUGAUGGUGACGACAUACUGUUCUGAUAAAACUCAGGAGGAAGUAUCCUGUGCCAUCUGCCUGGAACAGUACCAGAACCGCGACAAGGUUGGGACCAUAGACAACUGCGGUCAUGACUAUCAUGCUGCUUGCAUCAAGAAGUGGUUAUCUAUGAAGAAUGCAUGCCCUAUCUGCAAAGAACCGGCUCUUUCUGACGAUUCAAAGAAGGAUUAACACAAGUAUAUUUAUUUUCUACUUCUCUGGGUUCCCAAGAAACUAAAAGGACGGCAGCUCAAACUGCGACAAUUCUUGAGGACUAUAAAUGACGAGAUUUGGCAAUCAACAAGUCGGGUCGUGCCGAGGUUGUGAGUGGCCUGAAUCCGUGCAUUUUGUAAAAGCUUAUGCAUCUGUAGAUAAUCAAUGUGUUGAAUUUUCUUCCUUCUUUCGUGCGUUUGCUUCCAUCAGGCAUUUGACCGAACAGGUUGGGGGCGCACAUGGCGCUUUGUUUCAGUAUUCAUCUUCUAAUACCAAGAACAUUUUCUUCAACAAAUCAAAAAGUUCAACAGCUUUUAUGA